CCGGCGGCGCGGGCGGGGCCGCGCGCGCACGUGACGGUCCCGGCCCCGCCGCCGCCAUGGCCGCCCGCCUGCUGCCCGCUGUCAAGUUUCUGGUCAAAGGAGGCCUGGCUGGAGCUGCUGUGUACGUGGCAUAUGACCAGGGGCUGCUGGGCAGUGGCAUAGAAGGUGCUGAAGCCCUCAAAAAAGCUCAAGAAACGCUGCCUCCAGCUAUCCAAGAGUGGACAGAUUACCUGGGCUGGGAGCUCCCAUCCACUCCAAAAAUUGACUUUUCCCUCUCUGCUUCCUGGAAUAAAGGAGUGCACAGAGUCAUGUCUGCCUUGUCUGCAGCUCCCAGCAGGGCCUGUGAAUACACAGUGGAAGGUUGGAAAUAUGUGAAGGAUCUUGUGAAAUGAACACGUUCUCCAGGGCUCAGGAUUCUCUCAGUCUCCACCUCUGGAGGGCAGCUCAGCCGUGUAAGGGCUACAAUAAAAGACUUUGGUGGAACUUC